AAGAAAUUUACGUCCAUAAGUGGUGAAUAUAAUAUAUAGGAUACAUUCCAAAUAGUCAGGUUUGGUACGACUGCGUUCUUACGUAGUUUGUGUGUGUGUAUAAAAGAUGCUACGCCGAAUUCGUGGCUUCAGUUUUACACUUGCGUUCCUCAGAAGUUUUUAAACGAACGAUAUUCUGCUUGAACCGCGUGACAAAACAUUAAUUUUUGAUAUUAAUUUUUUUUUUCUGCUAAACUACAAAAGUACAAUAUACAGAUACUUUUUGUACAAUUGUUUUUCGUGUUGUACAUUAUUACGAAAAAAAAGCAAAAAUGUUAGUUGUAGGAGCAAUAACUGCUCUUGUCGUUGCUCUAUGUUCGGUAUAUAUUUAUUACAAGUUUGUGGUGUUCAAUUUCUGGCGCAAGAGAAGUAUAUUUUACGUCGAACCCGUUGUACCAACAGGUAAUCUGACUCCGGUAUUAAGAGGAAAACUGUCACUAGGUGAAUUACUUCGCGACGUUUAUUUGAAAUAUAAGGGCCAUCGCGCAAUCGGAACGUACACAUUUUUCAAGCCGAACCUUGUGAUUGCCGAUCUCGAUCUUGUCCGAAUAGUGCUAACAAAAGAAUUUGCUAGUUUCCAUGAUCGUGGACACUACUGUAACGAAAAAGUAGAUCCGUUAUCCGGCAACUUGUUUUUAUUGCCUGGACAAAAAUGGAGAAGUUUGCGCGUCAAGUUGACACCUACAUUUACUUCGGGAAAACUCAAACAGAUGUUUGAAAUUCUGAAAGAAUGCGGCGAAGAAUUCGGGAAAUCUUUAGAAACAAUAGCCGAGACCGAAGAGAGCAUCGAUAUAAGAGAAAUAUUUGCAAGAUAUACUAUAGACGUGAUCAUGUCCGCUGCGUUUGGGAUCAAGUCCAAUUGUAUGACAACGCCGGACAGUGAAUUUCUACACCAAGGGAAAAAACUAUUUGAAUAUCAUACUUUUUGGUUCGCAAUUUAUGGGUUUGUACCUCAAAUUGCCGAUUUUUUUGGUAUUCCUUUCAUUGAUAGAACAAUCUCAAAGUUUUUUAUAAAAGUGUUUCGGGAUACCGUGCAACACAGACAAACUCACAAUGUUGUCAGACAUGAUUUUAUGAAUCUACUUAUACAAACUAUGGAGAAAGGCUACGUGGCGCCUGACAAGGGAGACACCGCCGAUGUUUCUUCGAAUACGAGCAAGAUGUCUAUCCUGGAAGCGGCAGCGCAAGCAUACGCCUUCUUCAUAGGCGGCUUUGAAACUGCCUCAACUNCNGCGACGUUCUGUUUGUACGAAUUAGCAAUAAAUCAAGACGUACAANACAAGCUUCGUCAAGAAAUUGAUGAAGUNNUGAAAAAACACGGCNNAGUGACUUACAAUGCUGUAAACGAUAUGACGUAUCUUCAUAAAGUAGUAUCUGAAACUAUGAGAAAAUAUCCACCAGUGCCGUUUCUGAAUCGCAUCUGCACCAAGACCAUAGAUCUUUCGACUACUAUUCACGUACCGAAAGGAACUUUAAUUACUAUACCGGUGCUCGGAAUACAUAGAGAUCCGGCGAUAUAUCCAAAUCCGGACAUGUUUGAUCCCGAGCGAUUCAACACGGAUCAAAUAGCGGCUAGACAUCCGUCCGCUUACUUACCAUUUGGAGAAGGGCCACGAACGUGUAUCGGUCAACGAUUUGGCUAUAUGCAGACAAAAGUUGGUGUUAUAAAUAUCUUAUUGAACUUUACAAUUAAACUUCAUCCACGGACUUCGGUGCCACUCAUCUUCGACAAAGCAUCUGUAAUGUGUACGCCCAAAGGCGGUGUACAUCUUAUAAUUGAACCCAUGCAGCAGCGGGGCAAUGGGGAUACGCACAAAGCAGCAAGUAACUGCUUGCUGAUAUUGUGCGCAUCUCUACCACCGUUGCUGCACGUUACGGUUACGGUUAAAAUUUUUUCACGUGCAGUAGCCCUAAGACAUAAGCUUCAGUCGAUUGUUCAGUAUUCUUCAGACAACAUCAACGUGACUAUAUCACAAAACAUUUAUUUUUGGGAUUUAUUCUUUUCUGCAAACCUACUAAGGCACACACAGACAAAUAAUUUUCGUACAAGUUUUUUGUUUGAAACAUUAUUAGAAACAAAAAGAGCAAAAAAUGUUACUUAUAGGAUUAAUAACUACUAUUGUGGUUGCUCUGUGUUCUGUGUAUAUUUAUUACAAGUUUGUGGUGUUCACUUUUUGGCGCAAGAGAAAGGGGUAUUUUACAUCGAACCUGUGGUACCAACUGGUAAUAUGACUCCUUUAGUGACUGGAAAAAUAUCAGUAGGCGAACUAUUUGGUGACGCUUACUUAAAACAUAAAGACCAUCGAGCUUUCGGAAUGUAUUCAUUUUUCAAACCGAACCUUGUGAUUGCCGAUCUCGAUCUUGUCCGAAUAGUGCUGACAAAAAAUUUCGGCAGUUUCCACGAUCGCGGCUGGUACUGUAACGAAAAAAUAGAUCCGCUAUCCGGCCACUUGUUUUCAUUGCCCGGAAAAAAAUGAAGAAAUUUGCGCGUCAAAUUGACACCCACAUUUACUUCGGGAAAACUCAAGCAGAUGUUUGGAGUUCUGAAAGAAUGCUGUGAACAAUUCAUGAAAUCUUUCGACAAAAUAGCCGAAGCCGAAACAUGCAUCGAGAUGAAAGAAAUAUUUGCUAGGUAUACAACAAACAUAAUUAUGUCAGCUGCUUUUGGUAUCAAAGUGAACUGCGUAGAAGAACCGAACAAUGAAGUUCGAUAUUGGGGAAGAAGAAUCUUUGAGUACAGUUCCAUUUGGAAUGCCAUUUUUGUGUUUGCACCUCAAAUUGCUGAUUUAUUUUCCGUUCCUCUUACUGAUCGGGGAACCACGAAUUUCUUUAUAAAUAUGUUUCGGAAUACCGUUCAAUACAGACGAACUCACAAUGUCGUCAGGCACGAUUUUAUGAAUCUACUCAUACAACUUAUAGAGAACGGUUAUAUCGAGCCUGACAAGAAAGAAAAUGCCGCCGAUGUGUCUCUAACAUCGGCUACGAAUAAAUUUUCUAUGUUAGAAGCGGCUGCGCAAGCAUACGUCUUCUUCAUAGGUGGCUUCGAAACUUCCUCAACUACCGCGACGUUCUGUUUGUACGAAUUAGCGCUACAUCAAGACAUACAGAAUAAGCUUUGUCAAGAAAUUGAUGAAAUAAUGGAAAAACACGGUGAACUGACUUACAAUGCUCUGAACGAUAUGAUCUAUCUUCAGAAAGUAGUAAAUGAAACUCUGAGAAAGUAUCCGCCUCUGCCUGUAUUGAAUCGCAUUUGCACCGAGGCCAUAGACCUUUCGACUACUAUUCACGUACCGAAAGGAACUUUGAUUACCAUUCCGGUGCUCGGCAUACAUCGAGAUCCGGCGAUAUAUCCGGAUCCGGAUAGGUUUGAUCCCGAACGAUUUACCGCGGAUCAAAUAACAACAAGGCAUUCAUACGCUUACUUGGCAUUUGGAGAAGGACCGCGAGGUUGUAUCGCUCAGCGGUUUGGAUUACUGCAAGUAAAAGUUAGUAUUUUAAGUAUCUUAUUGAAGUUCAAGGUGAAACUUCAUCCUCGGACUCCGGUACCACUCAUUAUGGAAGAAGCGCCCGUUAUACUUACGGCUAAAGGUGGUGUGCAUUUCAUAAUUGAACCGCGAGAAAACAGAUUUCUGGAUUAGAAUCGCGUUUUCUAAAACUAUAGUUUAACUAAGCAGAACAAUUUUAUGAGUAUUAUUAAAUUUUACAAGUAUUAUAUAAGUAUUAUUAUCGUCGUUAUUAGGACGCAAACAAAAUUAUGAUAGAAACAAGCAUCAACAUAGUAGCAAUAACGAUAUUACAAACAGACAUUGAAGUGUUAUUUUAUAGAUGUUAUUGAUUAUGUUAUGGUGACAUAACAAUAAAAACACGAAAUAUUUUCGACUUGCGUUGCUAUCAAUGUUACAUCAGACUAACACUCAGCUGUAUGUGAAUAUUUCGAAACUACAUAAACUAUGUAAAACUUUUAUUCAAAAAACACUAAUGCCAAUUAUAUGUAUAAGAUUUAUGUCGCUAAGUGCCUUCUUACUUUUGCGGUGCAAUAUAAGGUU